AUGUACGCCGCCCGCGCCGCCAAACCCAAGCUGUCCCUGAGCAUCUCCGCCGCCCAAAACGCCCGCUCCUCCUUCCCCCUCAAAUCCCCCAGCGCCGCCCCCCGCACCCCAAUCUCGCCCGCCGCCCCUAGUCCCAAUACGGCUGCUGGUGCGAAGCGCUUCUCAACGCUGCAACCCUCGUACGCUUACGCCAACACCUGCUCGUCCAAGAGUAUCCUCAAGAAACACACUGGCUCGAGUGCGCACGCGGAUAAGAGGAUCAAGUUCAAGGGGACGCCGACUGUGCAUUGUGUGACGCCGAUUGAGAAUAAGGAGGAGUAUUACGGGUGUCAUACUAGGAUGGCGAGGGAGGAGAGGAGGUGGAUUGUCAGGGAGUGA